AUGGAAGGAAACAAGUUUUAUCCCAUGUCCUUCAAUUUUGGUGGCGGAAACAACAAUACAAGAAAACAACAUCUUGAUGAUGAUUAUCAAAUGAUUUCUGGAAAUAACAAUUUAAUGAUGGAUGUAUCUCCUAAUGAUGAUCAAAUGAUUUCUGAUGACGAUACACAACCAUUACGAUUAGUUUCUGAUGAUGACGAAGAGAAUUUAAAACAACAACAUGAAGAUAAUUUAGAUAAUGUUAUUGAUAUUUACGAGAGAAAUUAUAGAAUGGAAGAAAUUAAAAAUAGUAAUACUCUAUUAGAUUCCAAGUUUAUGGAAGUUUUGGAUCAAUCAUUUUCCGAUUCUCAUGUUGUGUUAGCAAAAAGAUUUGAAAAGAUUUGUGAAAGAAAAGUUCAAGAAUUACAAGAAAUUUAUCAAAAGACGUAUUUUCUUCCUGAUGAACAACAUUUAAAAGUCGGAAAAGAGUACACAACACUCAAAUUGGAAAAAUUUACUUGGGAAUUGUUGUAUUUAUUAUUUGAGGAUGAAAAGAAAUCACUUGAUAAUAUUAGUGACCAUCUUAAUCAACAAGAAUUAAAGAAAUUCGUGUGGCGAGUCAGUCACAAAGAGGUUGUCAACCAAAUGAUGAAAACUGGUAGCGAGUUCCGUAAAUUACAAAUUAUCGUCAAUUGGUUGGAAGAAAAUGCCAAGGAAAAAGUUGAUGUGGAAAAUGAAGGAGCAUGGCUCUUUACAUCCAGAGGUGGAGAAUAUGUUGAUCCUGAUUCUAUCUAUAAGAAUAAUAACUUGGAUGAGAAUGAUUUGAGACAGGAAAGAAUAAUCAUUAAAAAGACUUGGGCACUAGUCAGAUCUGGACAGAUUGAAGAAGCCCAAAAAUUCUGUCGUAUGCACAACCAAUUUUGGAGAGCAUCAACCUUAUCUGGGUCUGAGCUCUACCAUAACCCUAGAUUAAUGCCAGGUGCCUGUGAAAAUGAGGAAACUGUUGGCAAUCAAAACAGAUUUGUUUACCUUAAUACCAUUCUAUCAAUUUUGAAAUCAGAUACUGUAAAUGACGAUGAAAUUCAUCAAUACGAAAGGGCUAUUUAUGGCAGUAUUGCAGGAGACUUGAAUUCAAUCCUACCAUGUUGUAUUUCAUGGGAAGACUAUCUAUGGGCUUAUUGCAAAUCAACAAUGCUCUAUCUAAUUAAUCAAGAGCUCGCCAAAUACGUACCAAAUGAUUCUGAAGACAAGUUAUAUGUUGGCUCUGUUCUCGAUUCACUCAAGAGUAAUAGCAGGUCAUUACUGGAGAUUGUCCAAUCUGUUAAUACUUCUUCAAAUGAGAAGAUCAAAAUUGAUGCUGUGCAGUACCAUCACGUUAUUCAGUCAUACAUUAUUUGCAGCCAAAUUCCAAAUCUAGUUCAAUAUUUAUUAGACUCUGUGAACAAUCCAGCAGAGUACACCAUGUCAUAUUUAGCCAACCUGUCAAGAUUUAGCGCUCACUUUAUUUUAACUUGGAUAAGUCUUAAUGGCUCAUUCGAAAAAGAUGAGUGUAAGGACGCUAUCAUUGUCAAAUAUAUCCACUACUUGAUUGCCUCUAAGCAAUUCGAAUCUAUUGCCUUCUACACCAAAUUUAUACAUAAUAGAAACGAUACAAAUGUUACCUAUGACUAUAGAUCGGAUGUAUAUGCAAAAUCGAUUAUUGCAAUAGAAAAAAGUGAGAAGGAGAAUUCAAAGAAUCUCCGAUCCAUGCUCAUCGCUAAAGCAAAGGAGCAAGGCUUAAACAUUCAAGAAAUUGCCACCAUAGUUGCUCAAAAAACUCUUGAACAAAAAGCUUCCCAAGAUGAAGUUACCAACAUGUUUGAUGCUGCCUUCUUUUUAGAUCCAAAAAAUAAUCCACUCAAGAAUCUAAGAGAAAGACAAACCACCGAAUUGGACAUUAAGAAGAUAAACUCAAUCGAUUGGCUCUGUAUUGAAGAUAUUAACCCAUUCAAUUGUCUGCUCCAAACAAAUUUAUUGAUAAGAGAAUUUAUUGACCAAGGUAAACUAGGAGCAUUUGAAUUAUUAAUGAAAAAGCUCCACGAGCAACUUGAUUCGAAAUUGGAUGAUGUUGGUCUUGACAGUAGACAAGAAACAAUAUUUAAAGAAUACAUGUUUUGGACACUCUAUGAGAAGGCAAUAACUACCUAUGUGUCAUGGAAUACCCAUAUCAAAGAAAGACCUACAUUUACCACUCAAGAAGGUCCUUUCCGUACUCAAGCUGAUAAGAUUAAGUAUCAAAGCGAUUUGAGCCAAUUUAACAAUACCAUUCUCAAGAAAUGGACACAAGAAAAUGAGAUUUUCCUCAAACAAGCUAAGGAUAACCACCUGGCUAUUGUUCAAUCACCUUGGCUCACUAUUGAAAAUGUGGAUGAUUCUACGAAACAAGAAUUUGCCAAACUCAAACAAAAAUGCAUUCCAGAUAUUGUUUUUUGCCUCUACCAAUUACUUUCAUUUGCAGAGGAAUAUGAUGCUUGUAUGCAAUUGGCCGACAUUAUUGCUGAUGAUACACGUGGUUUGUACAAGUGUUUUUCACAAAAACAAUUAAUUGAUUUCUUAAAAUUGAUGAGUGUUUGUGAAUUAUUAUUCAUUGACAAACAACAAAAGGAGGGUAAUACUGUUAAUUGAGUUGAGAAUAAAAGCUUCAUUCCGCCA